CUUGAACGCCCACCCCCCAUUCCCUAGAACAGAGUCACGCUAACAUAUAACUACUUAUCUAUAGUCGUGUAAGUGGUGGACAAAGCUUGAGACGAUUCAUUAGUCCUUUGUCAGAUUCGAGUUGCGAGUUGCGAUACAUAACGACAAACGGUUCUCUGUCACUGGAGCAUAAACAAAAAAAAGUUAACAGCUCAUCUUUGUCGACGUGGUUCGUGGUUUUCAGAGUACUUGGCUUGUCAGUUGGUUCGAGGCUUGUCAAGCCACUAUAGCGGUUGCUGGCAGAAUAUCCUCUUCCGACGUCGCACCAAAUACGAUAUUGUUCAUUAAAGGAAAUCCGUCGUGAACGAAUGGCGCACAUGUAUUCCUUACACACAUCAGCCACGGGGUUCGGGCUUGCGUCAGGUCCACCUGGCACGGUACCGUAUGUGCCUCCCACAGCGCCCUCUAAGAGUAACGCAAGCACCCGGUACAGGAGUAGGUCUGCAAGUCUUGUUCCUUUUAGGGACGAAUCCAAGCUGGUUGCGUUACGAUAUGAUCAAACUGUGCAAGCCGAACCGCCUAUCCCAAUACCACCACCACGAUCUUCUCGUCGCCCGCCGCCACGUCCAAUUUCUUGCAAUACAACUCGUGGCCCCGUUGUAGUGCCACCUCCUCGUCCUGCACCCCCUACCGAGCAGCACCCUGCACUGAGAACGAUUAGCACACCACGAACAAUCGAGCAGAGCGGAAAGCGGGAUUCCGGUCAUUCUCCGAGUACGCCAUCAAGCUGGACCAUUCGUGAAGAUAGUGAGACAGAUGAUGAGGAUCCAUUUGCAUACGAAAACGUGCAAAGAUUUCCCGAAAUUAAACCCCUCCAAUUGAGGACUCGUUCUGCAUCCCCCUCUCUGUACUCGCGUCAAGAGGAACGAGUGAGCGAAUCCAACAGCAGGGCCAGUGCUCCUUCAAUUUCUCCCGCAUUAUCAGAUGGCGAGACAGUUUCACCAACUUCACCAACUACUCCUCCAUCUGGCUUUUCAAAAAGAUUCGCAAGAAGUUUUAGUUUGAGAUCAAAUUCAUCAAAGUCAUCUAUUGCGAGGAUGGGGCGGCUGCGGAAGAAAUCGGCGAAUGAGGUGGCCCCGUGCGCUGAUAACCCCAGCUACCCACUGAAAGGACAGGAUGGUUCGGCGCCUAAAUCUCCUAGCGGCAGAUUAUCGCCAUUACCUGACCCCCAUGGUUCCCCAGUUAUUUCGACAACCAUCCCCACCGAGAGCUUGUUAGAAGAUGAUUUUAUGACCCAGCUAUCUUUCUCCAAGCGUGGCAGCAUCAUUUUUGGUGGUAAGCAUCCGCGUAAAUCUUUCAGGAACGCGGCCAUGAUGGCCGACCAAGACAGUGGCAUCGGCAAUGAACACAUCGACCUGGUGCAACCCCGAGAGCCACGCGCUUUUCCUUUAGUACCUUCGCGCGCAAAGGUUAUCGAUCCUACCGCCAGCGCAGGCACUAAGGAAUCCGCCAAAAUCUCAGGGGCGCCCAAUGAUGCGAAAACCGAUGCCCUGACUAGCACGCCACCGACGCCACGAAAACAACCUCCCAGUCUCCGAGUUAUAUCUGCUGAGGCGGAAAAGGAAUCUCAAAAGGUGAGAUCGCUCUAUGAAUCCGGGGAAGGUCUCAAUUGGGAGGAGGGCGGUCGACACUCAUCAAUUGAUGAGCGUCUUCAACCCGCAGCAGAACACCCACUAGAUAAGAACGAGAACGACGCGGCAAGCGACAAGGCUGGAAACCCUAUUCCAACCUUGGCUUCUAUUUCGUUGCAACCAGAUAACGACUCUCGGCGCGAACACGAGUUAGCAGGAGGUAUUGAGGACUGGGAAGGAGUCCACGGCGAAGAAGUCGAUCGUUACGGUUUCAUUUCAAUCCAACAGUCGCAAGAGUCCCGGCCGACAACACCGAACGAAAACGCAUCCGUUCAAUUCUCACCUAGCAAACAACGAAACGUCCUUGUUCGCAAAGAUGCAGCAUCACUUUCGCUAAGAAUCACGCGCGGUCCCAAGAAGAAGUUGUCGGCCCGCUCUUUACAUACACAGGCGUCGGGUUUAUCCACAGCAUCGCGCCGUUCCGCUCUUUCGGCUACUUUCCGCCAAGCUACAAACUUAUUACCGUAUAACAGGGACAGGAAGCUAAUAGAUGAGGCUGGGGAUAUCCUUGCAUCGCACCCAGGCUUGUCGCAUAUAAAUGAAGAUGGGUCGGCCGAGAGGAAAGCGGCCGAGUCGAAGGUGAAGGAAAUGGUGCGCACGGAAAAAUGGCGAAGGAUGGCCAAAAUAAUAAGAACUGGUGCGGAUGGACAAGGCAUGGUAUUCGAAUUCGACACGAAGCAUCCGAAGCUAGUCGAACGAACAUGGAAGGGCAUCCCUGAUUGUUGGCGAUCGGCGGCUUGGUACUCGUUCUUGUCAUCCAGCGCCAAGGCCAGCAAGGAGCCAUUUGCGACAGAUGAAGAACUAAAAGCCGAUUUCCACAAGCUGAUUGAGGAGCCGUCACCAGAUGAUGGACAGAUCGAUCUAGAUGUACCAAGAACUAUCAACCAACACAUCAUGUUUCGAAGAAGAUACCGAGGUGGUCAACGGUUACUAUUCCGAGUGUUGCAUGCUCUAUCGCUCUAUUUCCCUGAGACAGGCUAUGUUCAAGGCAUGGCUCCGCUAGCAGCAACAUUUCUUAGCUAUUACGACGAAGAGGCAUGCUUCAUAAUGCUAGUGCGACUCUGGAAAUAUCGUGGUCUUAAUCGAAUGUACCAAUCCGGAUUCGCAGAACUUAUGGGCGCCCUGAAAGACUUCGAGCAUGAUUGGCUGGGCAGUACGGAUGUCGCCUCGAAGCUUUCUGAGCUCUGCAUCGAUCCAACUGCGUAUGCAACGAAGUGGUACCUUACCCUCUUCAACUUAUCGAUACCCUUCGCCGUUCAGCUUCGCGUAUGGGAUGCAUUCAUCUUACUUGGUUACUCGCCAGAAAUGUCGGAUGCCCUUGCUUCUCCAACCAAGGCCACUUUCGAAGAGCCAUCAUCUAAGGGAUUAGAGAUUCUUCAUGCAACCAGUCUCGCCAUCAUUGAUGCCCUUCGGCCUACGCUGCUAGAUUCGGAUUUCGAAAAUGCGAUGAAGUCCCUUACUUCCUGGGUUCCUAUUAAGGACGAACAAGGAUUUAUGAACCUGGUACAUCUGGAGUAUAGACGUCACCACAACAAGCAGAAGGCGUAGGAAGCUGGAUCGUCCUCCUAAUGUACUUGGUACGAACUAGACUCGCCCGUCAACUUCCUCAACAACGGAAACGAGAAACACAAUUCUCGUCGGAAUAUCAUUAGUA